CGCGAUCGAAUUCAGCCCCGGCACUCCCCGGUGACAGCACCGAAACAAUUUUGCAGCCUCUUUCAGAUCACUUACGAUCACCUCCUUUGUGCCUCCCCUUGGGGCUGAGGGUUGACUGUGUUUGACUGUACUCGCGACGUGCUCGGAUCAAGAUUCCCUCUCCACACUCUCCCACCCACUCACCUAUUUCGGAAAGAUUUGGAAGGAGGGCGGAUGACUGUAGUUGACUGGACGGACUGCCAGACGCAUUGAACGUUUUGAAAGCAACUUUCAUCUCCAGCACUUUAGCCGCUCUCUCUUCCACCUCUUCACACCCCCUUCCACACCCCCAAAAGAAGGACGACUCCUUCACCCAAAAGCUUCACGCACUAGAAAGAAGCCCCAAUAACGAUGAACGACGAACACAACCACCCUUCCCUCUGCUGGAUGCUUUUAGCCCCUCUAUGUACAUGCUUUGUCCGGUCCGACGACCCCGAACGAGAGCCUCUCUUCCCACCUCCUACGACAAUCCUCACCCAGCCGUCCGCUCAACCCAAUCCCCGAGCUCGUCCGAAGCUCCCAAACCUCCUCUCAUUCACAACAUCCUCCCGCUCUCGUUCUCGCUCCACCAGCCAGCACCCAUCUGUCGACUCUUCUCCCGUCCGUACGACGGGCCCCUUGUCAGGCGGCUUUGGCUCCGAGAGAGAGGGGACGGAGAGCUCGAGGAAGAGAGAAGAGGCUGGUAGGAAGAUGGAUAGUAUAUCGAAAGCUUUUGCUGGACGGAUGCAGCCCCUCGAACCAUCCCUCCCCUCCACGCCCAGCACAGCCCGCGGCCUCCGCCCACUCUCCUCCGCCCUCUCCCUCUCUCAACAGCUUCGUCAACCCCCAUCCCCCCUCUCUCCCCUCUCCCCACGGCCGACCCACCCCACGAGAUCCCAAAAUACAUCCGUCCCCAACAACAGACCAUCCCCAUACGAGCCUUCCCCUUACGGUGCCACGAUACCUCACCGACCUAGCGCGCCAAAUCUAGGGAGGAGCAUUAGUGAGCCGCGGUACCUUGCCGAUUUGGCCGCGACCGUCAAAGUCGACUUUGCCGAGACGCAGAUCCCGAAAUACGGGCGGCUUAUCGUCGAUCGUCUGUCUCGUGCGGGGGUGGACCCUUCUUCGUUGCCUCGUGGUGACAGGCCUUUCGGGAAGGGGAAGGGAAGGAUGAGGAGCGCGACCACGGUGGAGAGGCUCACCUCGCCUUGGGAAGCGUCGAGAGGCAGGGAUAGGGAACCGAGCAUGCCUACUAUGGUCAGAGAACCUUCUUUUGGUGGAUCCAACCCGUCUCCUACAAAGACGCACCACUCUGGCGCGUCUUUGGGCACCAGGAGCAAGAGGGCUGGGGGCGAACGAUCGCUUGGGGAGCGAUCGCUUUCGAGAGAUGAUUCUCUCAACCUUUCGCUGGAAUCUCGAUCUCGUCAGGCAUCGCCGGUAACUUCUGCGCGGGACCAUCCCGAGGGCGAAGAGUACUUUCCCGAGGGCGGGGAAGAGGGAGAGGGUGUGGUGAGGAGGGACCUGGGAUUGAGCGUCUUGUCACAGAAACAGCAAAAGAGGCGGCCCAAGAGUAAAGGAAAGAAGAGGGUUAGCAGUUAG